AUGCCUGACGGUCGAGAUUUGGAGGUUAAGCUUGAACAAGAAGAAACAGUUCCAUCUUGGGAUGACGAGGGUCAGAGGGUGGAUGCAGACUUCCGUAGUGUGGCGGGGAAGAUGCAGCUACCCAAGUUGGUCAGGAACGCAGUUGCAGUUGAAAGAUGGAGAGGAGAGGAAGGAAGGUAG